GGGGAUUCUCCUAGGUUAAAGAAUGGCCGGACUGAUCGACCCGCUCGGUGUCUCCGCUGCCUGAACUAGUCCGCUUCGCCCAGCAACAAGACGCGGAGCGCCGAGAGGCUCGAUCUCCGCGGCCCGGCCCCGCCCCCAUGAGCCCGCUCCAGGCCUCAGAGUGCCGAGCGGCUCGAUGCCGGAGGCCUGAGCCCGCCCCCUCCGCCCAGCGCCAGGCGGCUGAGCGCCGAGUCGCUCGAUGAGCGGGGGCGCUGCAGCAGCUCGGAGCGGUGGCUGGUCGGCGCCCUCGGUCUCCCCCCCCUCCCACCCUCCUUCCUCCGCUUCCCGCUCCCUCCCCCGCCCGCCCUGCGCAGCCAGCAGGGACUGCUGCCCGGAGCUCCCCCGGAGCCUCAGGUGGCGAAUACUUACUUGGUGGGAAAUAGAAGAGUGUGAGCAGAAAGUAUGCCUCCCAAGUUCAAGCGCCACCUAAAUGAUGAUGAUGUUACUGGAUCUGUGAAAAGUGAAAGGAGAAAUCUCUUGGAAGAUGAUUCGGAUGAAGAAGAGGACUUUUUUCUACGGGGACCAUCUGGACCAAGAUUUGGACCUAGAAAUGAUAAGAUUAAGCAUGUUCAGAAUCAGGUGGAUGAAGUUAUUGAUGUGAUGCAAGAAAACAUCACAAAGGUCAUUGAAAGAGGAGAGAGACUAGAUGAGCUGCAGGACAAAUCAGAAAGCUUAUCGGAUAAUGCAACUGCUUUCAGCAACAGAUCCAAACAACUCCGAAGGCAAAUGUGGUGGCGGGGAUGCAAACCUGGGACGCAGAGGAGUGACUGAGGAUCCAAGCAGUGUCUGAAAGAAUGCCUCAGAGCUGCUCCCUGAAAGUAGCCCCGUUUCCGGUGGAUCGGCAUCUGCACACCUGGGGACAGACUCUGCCCUGCCUAGCAGCACUUCUGGGCACUUUUGGAACCGUUCAUU